CUCCACGGGAUGCAACCCGCCAUGCGUCCUGGCGUGCCACGUGCAAGGUGGCGGUCGCGUGGCCUGGCUGUCCCCUCUGCUCUACCUUCAUCUUCUGCAGAGGGGAAACGCGACACCAAGUCGGUCACUUCAAGAAAGUGUCACGUCUGCUUUGCAGCUACAGGAAAGAGUGAGGCAGUCUCUGAUGGGAAUUGGGCAGAGCUCCUCAGAGAAAAGGCUGCGCCGAGGUGGAGGGCUGGUGAACUGGAUGGUGGUGUAGCUCCGUUCGCGGUAGUGGUAAACCCCAUGAGCUUCAAACCAAACUAAAUGAUGCCUCCUAGCUCCCUCACUGUGCCUGAGGUCAGAGAUAAGUGAUCGAUUCACCCCGUUCUCUUAUUUUAUGCCUCAUUUUAGCCCUCCUUUUACCUCCCCCUUCUCAGGGGCAUUAAGAGCAGUAAAGGAGCUGUGGCUUGAGGAGGUGCAAGUUGUUGGCCUAGCUGUGGCAGCUGUCAGCAGGUGCUGGUCGUUGGCCCAGUUCGAGGUGGUGAUGCUCGCUUUUGCGGGGUGCCAAAAGGAGUCCAGGAGUAUGGAGGCUUCUGCCUAAGAAAGCUGGGGAGGAAAAUGCUGCAUUUCCCAGAAGUUGUGGCUGGGAAAGAAACCCAAAGUCGUGACUCUGGCAGAGCCCUGCGUGUCUCCAGAAGCCCUGCUCUGAGUCCGUCCCACCAUCAAGGCUGUGCAGCGUGAGAACUGAGUACUUUAUAACGGGGUGUGCUUGUAUGCAUCAGCCUUUGGAUGUGAGCGUCUUCUCUUGAAACAGCCUUGUGAUAUCCCAGCUGCCUGUUCUCUUGGGAGGUCCCUUGGAAGAGCCUGUCCGUACGUCUGUCUGAGUGCCUGACAGGGCUGCCUUGCUUCCAGAUCUGAACCAUGUCCCACCCGUCCUGGCUGCCACCCAAGAGUACCAACGAGCCUGUCGGUCACGUUACUGCAAGGAUGGAGACCACACACACCUUUGGGACUCCUAGCAUCUCGGUGUCCACUCAGCAGACGCCAAAGAAGUUUGCGCCUGUCGUUGCCCCCAAGCCAAAGUACAACCCAUACAAGCAACCAGGAGGUGAUGGGGACUUCCUUCCUCCACCCCCACCUCCUGCGGAUGACCUCGGGAACAUCACAUCAUCACAAGGUGCCUUUCCCCCCCCACCCGCUCUGGAUGACGUUACUUUCAAUGUGCAGGUGAAUCCUGGUGGCAAGACGCUUGAGGAGAGGCGGUCCAGUUUAGAUGCAGAAAUCAACUCUCUGACGAGCAUCCUGGCCGAUCUAGAGAGCAGCUCUCCUUACAAACCUCGGACUCAACAGGGCUCCGGGACCUCGAGCAGCUCCGCCGCCACCACGCCGUCCGUCUCCACCCCUGUCACUGGCCACAAGCGGAUGAUCAUCCCCAACCAGCCUCCCCUCACCGCCACCAAGAAGUCCACCGCCAAGGGCCCGGGGCAGCCGGCGCCCAUCCCGGUCACUCCCGUCGGCACCCUGAAGCCGCAGCCGGUGCCGGCCUCCUACGCCACAGCCUCCACCCCCAGCCGCCCGGCCUUCAACGUCCAGGUGAGGACGGCGCAGCCCAGCCCGCACUACCAGCCGCCCGGCCCGCAGCCCGCGCACUACGGCAGCCUCGGGCCCGGCCAGCCCUACGCUCCCCUGCCGGCCCGCCCGCCCGGCGCCCCGCAGUACGGCCCUUCGCAGCCCCACGGGCCCGACUACGGCUACGCCCCGCCGGCUGCCCGGCCCUCGGAGCCCGCCUACGGCUAUGCACCUCCGCAGGGCCGCUACCAGGACCCCUACUACGGGGGGUACGGGGGGAGGAACGGCUCCGAAGCACCCUACGUGCCGCAGAGCUCCUGGAAGGCUGAGCCAGCGUAUCCCGCUAGUAACACCGUGGGCCAGGCUCCUUCUGGGCUCUACCAGCCGCCCGGCACGAAGAAGACCUACAUCACCGACCCGGUGCUGGCUCCGCAGCCGCCCGCGCUGCAGCAAAAGAGUGGGUAUCCAAGCUCUGGACCCGCAUCAAGCACUCCUGCCUUCAGGCCUGAGGAUGAGCUGGAACAUCUGACCAAGAAAAUGCUCUAUGAUAUGGAGAAUCCUCCUUCUGAUGACUACUUUGGCCGCUGUGCCCGCUGUGGGGAGAAUGUUGUUGGGGAAGGCACCGGCUGCACGGCCAUGGACCAGGUCUUCCAUGUGGAGUGCUUCACCUGCAUGAUGUGCAACAACAAGCUGAGGGGACAGCCUUUCUACGCAGUGGAGAAGAAAGCCUACUGUGAACCCUGCUAUAUUAACACACUGGAGCAAUGCAGUGUCUGUGCAAAGCCCAUCAUGGAAAGGAUCCUCCGAGCCACCGGGAAGGCCUACCAUCCCCACUGUUUCACUUGUGUGAUGUGCCAUCGCAGCCUGGAUGGGAUCCCCUUCACCGUGGAUGCUGGUGGGAACAUCCACUGCAUCGAGGAUUUCCAUAAGAAAUUUGCACCGAGAUGUUCAGUGUGUAAGGAGCCCAUCAUGCCGGCCCCAGGACAAGAGGAGACUGUACGCAUUGUUGCCUUGGAUCGUGAUUUCCAUGUCCAGUGCUACCGAUGUGAGGACUGUGGUGGCCUCCUGUCUGAAGGGGACAAUCAGGGCUGUUACCCUCUGGAUGGGCACAUCCUUUGCAAGACCUGCAACUCUGCUCGGAUCCAGGCUCUGACUGCCAAGGCUAGCACUGAUCUCUGAGUAUCAACUGUGAUCCUCCCCAGGAUGCCCAUUGGGGGAUAUUGCACAAGCUUUGCAUGAUUUCUUUCCAGCCUAGGGUCUGAAUCUGUGUUUAAAAAAAAAAAAAAAAAGGAAAACUGGAAGGCCUUGGAGCAAGAGGGCAGUUCGAGAGGCUGUGUUCAGACUGCCCAUGACAGGCACUUAAUUUAGACAUGACUUUUCAGGAGGGCAGUGAGUGAGUCAGACCACCUGCUGUCUCUGCAGCUGAUGGAGAUGAGUGGUCAUAGCACCUAAGUUAUCUGCCUGUAGAGGGAGGUCUGAACAUGGUCCCAACUAUAAUGCUGUGUUUGAUUCCUGUCUCUUAAGAAGUACAUGAAGGUAGAAGGUGAAAGAUGGCUGAGCUAGUUCUUUCUCCCAAGUUAUUUUGAGAACCUGACCAGCUCUCAUUGAAGUCAUGGGGAGCUUCCAUUUGACUUUAAUAGGAUCUGCAUCAUCAGCAGAAGUAGCUCCACUGCCCUAGGAGGUGUGAGAGCAGACCCAGCACUCCUCUCAUCACAACACAAACAAUGCAACUUCAACUGUACUGCACGUAAGAGUGUAGGUGUGACUUUGUAUCCUUGGGACACAGAUUUGUUACCUAUGUUGUUUUUCUUAGGCCCUUACUUGUCUCCAUUCCCUUCCAGUUCAAUAGGGUUUUUCUUCUUUUUCUUACGAAAUUAUAUUUUGCUAUUGCAUAAAUUUAUUCAGUAGUGAUGCUUCCAAUUCACGAUGUAUGAACAAUCACAGCAAGAUGUGAGCUUGCACACACUAUACACUACACACACACUACACACACAUACACACAAUGUGCUUUUGAUUUACCAGAGGUAUAAGCCAAUCAUGUCCAUUGAAAAGGUCUUUUAAGGAUGUGGGGCUGGAAACACAUUUUUAAAAUCCCAGUGGUUAAAAAAAAAUAAAUGACCACAUAGAACUGCAGUGCAAAGCGAUGCUUACAAAAAACCUUAUGCCACUCUCUCACAUACCCCAUUCUAAUGGGACCACUGGCAGUGGUGGUUUCUGGGUAGACAUUUAAGCAAUACAGUCUUGAUCCAUCUCUUGUUUAUUGCAGUGGGAGGAUUUUCCUUCACCUGUAACAGGAAUUGCAUCAGGCCUUGGGAUAUACAUUUCUCUGAUGUUAACAUACAUGAUCUGGAGUUCUCAUUAAAAAAAUUAAGGAUUUUUAUUUCAACAACAGCAAAAAGGAUCCUCCUAAACACAUGCUGUCAUUCAGUUUUUAUCUUAAGAAAGCUGAAGAAGGUAUUAAACCCUUCUCUAUGCCAUUCCAAAAAGGAAGCUUUUUUUUUUUUUCCUCUUUCAUUUUCAUCCCAGCCACUUAUAACUUCUCUCUGGUGAAAUGUCAUUGCAGAAGACUGCUGGGCCAGCAGCAGCAUUUUCAUCUUCGGUCCAGAAUUAAUACAUAUGCCAAGGUAAAUAAAAGCUGGGCACAGAUAAUCUUUUUUUUUCUCAUGUUGGUGGGGGUUUUUUAGUUUGGUUAAUUAAAAAAAAAAAUUAAAAAUUAGAAAUACACAGCACUCUGAGCAGCUGUAAUAUUCUUGUUCAUGAAACCCAUAAUAACUAAGGUGCAAAUUACACUGAGGGAGUAAUUUUCAUAUCACUGAAUUGACAUUAAUAUCUUAUUUGCAGAUGUAAUCAAAGAAAAUACUUUUCUUUGCACUUAACAAAUUAAGAAGCAGAACUGAAACAGUUGCAGGCUGAUUGACCAUAUAAGUGACAAACUGGUACUUUUCAAGAGUAAGUUAUAAGAAUUUUUUUCAUGCACCCACUGAAAAACAGUAAGAAUGUGGUGCUUUCAUCUUUAUUCUCCAUAACAGAAACCUGAUAUAAUUAUACCCACUAAUGUUGAAAAGUUAGGUGAGCUAGACCGAUAGGAAACAAAGAGGAAAAAUUGAGAUACUUACUGCAGCUCCUGCAAAUGGUGCAUUUCGUUUCAGUUCAGCACUAACCUUUAUGGAAGAGCACUGUGAAAUUUAAUAGCUUUAGCUGUAUACAGUAAAUUCAAAUACAGAAAUACCAGUCUGAAACCUCUGUUCCUUACAUGGUUUAUAUGUUGGCAAACUCCACCAGUGUCAGGGAAGUUUCCCAAAAUUCACAGCUCAGAAUGAAUCCUUCUUUGUUAGAAGGGUGGCAUCAUUAAGCAAAGAAAUCGUUCUCCACCGUCGUGGCUGUACUGAAGCAGUUUGCCUUUUUAUACUAGAUUUCUACCCUGGCCUUCAAGAAUUUUACUGUCUCAGACGUAAACAGAUUUUUUUGCACCGUGACUCCUGCCAGGUUCCGUCUGGGCUCCCGCUCCUUGAACCGUGGCCCGUAAGGUACUUCUGAGCUCGCUUCUUUACAUGCAGUCUGCACCACCACCAGUCAAAAAAACCUUGCAACUAUUGACUAAAUCCAGUUUGAACUAACCCUACAAAAACAUGGGAGGUCAGAGCUUGGAUUGCUAAUGCCAUUGUAUCUCUGUGGAAGAUUUUACAUCUCUGCAAGCACAGGGGAGAACGUGAUGCACUUGGGUGCAGAGUAAGCCAUUCAUCAGGUAGCAAACGUAGCUCUGAUCUUCCUUAUUCUUGUUAGCGUUAUAUCAAGUGGCUGAUGAGACUCUCCUGAAUAACACUGGGGUAACUGAUGGAAAUGAGCAAUUGUGCCUUCCUGCAGAAUGUGACCUAGACUAAGGAGGACCAAAGUCCAGAGCCUUUGGGCUUUUUAUGGCCCUGCCACAGGCUGGACUUGGAGCAAGUCAUAUGGCUUCUCGUCUUCUGCCCUCUGCACGAUAGGGCUUCUUUCCAACUUCCCAGGGAGGUUAUGGGAAUUAAACUAAUCACAGAUUGACCCAAACUACUGAUUUUUAGAGUUCUGUCUUCUCUUUCCAGAAAAGUUUGCUGGUAUGUAGGUUUGGGAUUCCAGCCCAUUUCAAAGCUAAGGGCCAGCCAGGAGAUCUAGAUCUGAAUCUUCUGUGUUAUUAGGGUGCUGUGGUGAGUUGGGCUGACAUGCAGGGAGGUGAGAGCCAAACUUUUCAAGCAUUAAACAACCCAUGGAUGGAUGAUGUUUGACAAAGAUUGAGCAGUGUUGAUAUGUGAGGUACUGUGGCUAAUUUCUAGACCUGACACAUCUGGUCAAAGGUAUUAUCAUGCUUUUGUUUUCACCCCUGAAACACCAAACCCAUCUGCCUGUUGAAAGGAGUGAGCAUCUAAAACACUCUUUUUUAUUUUCUAUAAUGCGUGUGGUUUGGGCUUCUAAAAUUGCUAUAAAUAUAUUCAGAAGAUACUGCAUAAACGUACAUACGUCGCAGAGGCUCACAUCACCCGCAUGUGUAUGGAAAUCUCCCCUCUGAUGCUUCAGGAUUUAAUUAGGAAAUGCUGGUGGACUUACCUCAAUUGCACUGCAAUUAAGAACCACUGGGAUAUUGCUUCAUCACAAUAUUUAUCACAUAUUUAUAAUAUAUCCUGUUUUAUCUGUUCCAAAGAAGGAGUCUUUUUGCCAAAGAGACCUUGCUUUUCUUAAGGUGGACUUCUUAGCCAUGAUAAAAUUUCACGUCAUCUGUGGCUGUGGUAAUGUCCAAACUGUUCCUUUCAGAAAGAAUUGGAAGAUCACACAGACGUUUCUGUUCAAGUCUGCAGUUUUUGCUUAUGCUGCUUUGGCUUUCUCUAGCAUUUGUUGGCAAGUAGGGCCUGAUCCCAUGAUUUGUGUGGCCGGACGGGGCCCAGGAGGGUCCAGGAUCAGGUUCUAAUUUAGCAAAAUAUUUAAGCCCCUGGGGUUUGUUUAAGCACAGGCUUAAAGCCAUUGCAUGGUGUGACAUAAGCCAUGGGUCUACAGUCAUUAAUACCAGACUGAUUCUGUAUCACCCAGUCAUACAGGUUUGAUCUGGGUAGGAUGUGGACACAGUCAAAUUUCUGUCAAGUUACCCAGAACACAUGAAAUGGGUCCUGUGUCGCCCUUAUGACAACUGCAGGAAGGCACCCAGUGGCUGAUCCAACAUAACAUUUGGACAACAGGAUGAUGACUUAUUGCAAGAUCAGUGCUUUGUGUCGGGUGGCUGUGGCACUUUCCAUAUGUCACAAGUAGCCCUACAGCCAGUUUUGCUGUAUCUUUGAACCAUGGCUUUAAAACUGUCUGCUUAAACUUUCUCCGGAAGAUUGGGUUGCCUUGGUUACAGCCCAAUCCUUAAGCACAUCCCCAAGGCUAACACUAGUAUUUUGUGAAUGUGAUGGUUUUAUUGUCACUUAUUUUAAUCAUUGCUUGAACAUUGCUUUUAAAAAUGGAAAGCAACACAAUUGCCUUAGCCUAUGAGAUAAUGCACCUUUAAUUUUGUUUUUGGUUUUCUGAUGUUUUAAUUCUGGAUUUUUAUCACAGCUGCGAAACACUGGGGUAAUGACUUAAUCAUAGAAGUGUGGGAGUACCAAAGUGUUUUUUACAGUGAACUCUACAUAAUAGUGUUCAACCUGACAGCAGGAGUGAGACUUUCAUGAAACACAGGCCUUAAGUUGACUUUCUGCCUAUCAACAAAAUGUGCCUGAGAAGAAUGACAAAAAAAGUGUCUUUUAGAGAAAUGGUGGUUGUUGAAGAGAAUAUGCAACAAGUCAAUACUGAAAUCUCUUUGGACCUGUUAUGGCUGGUGCCUGGCCAUGGUCAGCAAAGCCUAGCUUAGGUUUGAUAAAUGCUGGUUCCUUUUGAUUUUGAGAAAGUCCAGCAGAUGAGGGGUAACAGGACCCAAGAGAAGGUCCUUGAGGGAAAUUCUGUGUCUUUGCCCUCCUUCAGCAUCAGAGGUAAAUGUUAGACACCUGGAACUUCAGCUGAAUGGCUCAAAAAGGAUUUGAGUUUAUAACUGUUUUCUGUUGAUAUCUGGUUCCUGCAGUUGGUUCAUCAUGUAGAUUUGCUAUUUGUUCACUGAGCUGGGUUGACUACACCUUAUAUAGACUUCAAUACUGUAAGUCAAGGCUAUCAGAGAGAGGUGUGCUGAAGAAUCUCGUUGUGGUGAAAUACACAUGAGAAAACACUAGUGAUGGUAAUUGAGCGUUUGUUGCCAAAGGAUAGCAGGAACUACUUAGUACUAUCUAGAGGUUAGUAAAGUACAAACUAAGAGAGAGCUGUGAGAACACUAUUUCCAGUUAGAGCUGGUCACAAUUUUUACACUAAAUUAUGUGAUGUCAGAAGGGCCAUUUUUUUAAUGAGAAAUUCUCUCUUUUUGCAAUGUUAUCCACAACAGCUUGGGUUUUCAUUGCUAUUAUUAUUAAAACCAUAUUGAAUUUUUAUCUAAAUAAAUUUCAGAAUUGUUAACAAAUAUUUUCAUUUCUCAAAACCCCAUGUCAUCUUCCUCAGUUUUUUGUAGUUCUUGGGUUUCGUCUGCUGGUAAAUUGAAGUUUCUGUGAUGAUUUUGAAAACUUCUUUGGAUAAAAAUUCUAUUUAAAAACAAGCACAUGUAUUCUUGGGAAAUUAUUCAAUAUUGGACCUGGUGACAUAAAAAAAAGCUUUGAAACUUUCCACAAGAUUUUUUUUCCCUAUUUUUAACUAGUUUUGCUAAUUUUGAAGUCACCGCUUCCUUUGUUAGAACAAUCCAAAUAAUGUGACUCUUCUUAAAAUAACAGUGUUACUUCUGUUGGGUUCAUUUUUCUUUCCCAUCUUAAAGCCAUGGAGUGGCUGGCUAUGGGGAGUGCCAGGGUCUUUUUCUGUGGCAAUUGCAAUUUUCUUCUUCGGGUUUUUUAUUUUGUCCCUGAAAUUACUGAAGAAUAUAAGCACAUUAUGGCAGCUGCCACAAAGAUCAAGAGAUACUGAUUUAACUUCAUCUCCACAUACCCUUCUGGGCUUGGGAAUGGCAUUUCUCCUUAAACAUUUCUAGAAAUACUACCUGGCUUCCUCAGCAUUUCAGGUUUGAAUUUGUAACAGUUGGUUGCCUGACUGGCAUUUGGAGCAUGAGAGAGAGUAGACUUUAAACUUCUGAAAUUGUAACAUUCACCCAGCAUCUAAAAUCUAAGCAAAAAACAUAACCUUGGUAGAUUUCCUGGUGGUCAUUGUGGAACAGCUCUCAUUUCAGCCUGGAAAUUCUCUGCUGUGAUCUGAAAAAACUAAGCUCAAACACUUGCAAACCGCUCUGGCAUAUGCAGUCACACGCACACGUAAGGUGGUUGUGGGGCUACAACUAAGUAGAAAUACAGGCUGCAAUAUUGCACACUGCUAUUUAUACCCCGCUGGACUUUAUUCCUGGCUAUGUGUUCCUGGUCUCAUUGGCUUCAUGUUACAUGUGGAGGCAAUGGGGUUGAUCACUGGUAUCAAGAGCAUUCAGUUCAAACUUUUUUUUUUUUAUUUUGCUGUUUGUCCACAUUUCUCAUCAUACCUAGAUCUUCUAGAAAAUGAGGAAGGAAACAGAAGGCUCAGGUGGUGGCAUAACCUUUACAUUUCCAGGGGUAGAGUCCCUCACCAAGAACAUGACACUUGGAGCGUCUCUACUUUUUUGCCUCUGCCUCCCUUUGUCUGCAAGCAGCUCUCUUACUCGCUUUUUCCAUUUGCUCAACGUGUACUCAUCUUUGCAGUGAAGACGGUAUGUUACUUCACAGAGGUAUUGUGAGUCUUAGCUAGUAGUUGGAAAAACUUUUCCAGAUCUUUAAUCCAAUAGUUUUGAGCAUCCAUAGUAUCAGUGGCCUGCCACAUGGAUAUCAAAGAAAAUGAUUAUAAUUAUUGCUUUUAAAAUGAUUAUGAAAUUGUGCCUUACUUUUUCAGUCAUAUUUAACCAUAUAAUUUAGAACCACAUGAUUGCAGGGAUUUAUCAUGAAGAAAUUUGUUUGAAGGAUAGUUUGUUUGUUUUUAAAUAUUUUUUUCUCCCAAACCAAAUUUAUUAGUUUUUUCCUCUUUUAUUUUUUCCUCCAGUUUUAUUCCUUUAAUAUGUUUGUGUAAAAGGGCAGCCAGAAUUUGCAUUCGUGAGAGACAGAAGAUUUUAUUUGGUCUUGUAUGUGGAACUUUCAUUUUCUUUUAUGUUCCUUCAGGAAAAUUCCUCUCUGCCUGAUUACUCAUACUUAGAUGUCUUUAAAUGUAGGCUGACCAGUAAGGGUUUUUUGUUGUUGUUUAAUUUAGUGUGUGGUUUGCUUUGUGGUUUCUUUUUUUUUUUAAUUAACCAGAUAUCGGGUGCUUCGGAGGCAUUGCACAUCAAUGCCGAAUGUUAAUGCUAAUUUUCAUAGAAGAGACAAAAUUAGAGUCUUUCCCUGUCUCCAGUGCAGUUUUGUUACUGUUUUGUGUACAACACUAAUAUUAAGCCAGACUGUAAGGGCAAAAUACUCAGAGUGACCUACUUCCAUUCACCAGCAAGAAUCCUUUGUCAGCUGACUCCUGUUUGUUUGUUCAUUUUUAAAUGUCGGUUUACAGAACGAGCAUCUCCUAAAGAUGAAAGAAAACAGUGUUUUCAUGUGCAGGAAAUUUGGGGUUGCAGUAACAGAACAUUUUCUUUGUGAAUUUGGAUGUCAUGGUGUUUUAAGCUCCUGCCUGGAGCCUAAAUCAAUUUGGCCUCUCAUCCAGUUCAUCUCACUGGUGCUCCUGAAAGGCUGCAGCCCUGCAAAAGCUCAUGCAGCAUUUUUGGCUGCUUUCCCUUGCUCCCAUUUGGUACAUAUUUGCACAAUUUAACUGAGCUUUUCUUUCUGCUGAAGGUCAGAUGCAAGCGAUAUGAAACACUAAACUUUAUAAACAAGCAAAGCCAUUUCAACCACAGCAUUUUGGACUAGAAUGGAUUUUUAGGUGGCGCACUGUCUGCUGGCCUUUGGAGAGGGGAUCCUGAGACUACAUUGGACUGGAACAGGAUGCAAAGCCACAAGCUUUGGUUUUUUUAAUAAACUACUUACUGUAAUCCAGCUACACAGUUUCAGCCUCACACUUCAGAAGAAGAUUCCAGCAGCAAUGCACGUACAGGCACUUUCUCUCUUGCAGAAAGUGAAACUUUCCCAACCAGAGUAAAUUUAACCUAUUGCAUAAGAUGCUGGAAGGUUUUGGUUUUUUUCCUUGGGAUUCUCGCUGUAACCUCUAUGUGCAGAGGAUGAAUAGCUUUUCUUUUCCCCCCCCCUUUUUUUUUUUGACAAGAUUAGAUGUUGCAUAUUGAUGAGCUAGCAUUUCAAAGGUCCAUGGGGCUUUGGAACGUAUUAAGAAUCUCUGAAGCUUAAUAUUCACCAUGUUUUAAAUAUUCAGAAGGAAAAAUCUGCAUAAAAUGGCUUUUAAUAAAUACAUUCUAGGGAUUCUUUCUUUCUAUCUUAUGCAAGCAUUGUGGGGAUUGUGUCUGUGCCAGUUUUGUUCCAAAGUGUCUUUUGUUUCCGUGCUUCAGGACCAUUUUGAUCCCAUUUGUAUGCCCAGUGCUUGUCCUGAAGUCUUUUAUGGUUUCUACUGGAACUGUACAGCAGGCAGGUGGAUGUGACCAAGGCAAAGGCACAGCUGAGCAUUGUAACUCCUGAGUGUCUGCUUGAUUGCUCCUCUCCUUAUGACAGCUGGGCACAUCCAGCCUCUUUCUGCACCUGCUUUUCCUGUUGCUGGUUGGGAUUAGUCCAGUGGUCAGGCCUGGCUGAGAUCUUUCUGCAAAGGUGCUCCACACCAUUGGGGAUUUGAGAAUGGAGAGGGCAAGAUCCUGGGUGCAGGAGCAAAGCAAAGUGCCAUUCAGUGCAUCUCAGAUCUCACAGGGCAGUUUCCCCUUCCUUGGAUGUCCCUCUUUGGUAAGAGUCUCAGCAGUAAGAGAAGUGCUUUUAGGAGAAAUCCUCCCUUGGGGAUGCCCUAUUUCCCAUGCUGUUGAAAAUCCGAUUGAAGCUUUAGAUGAGGGGGAUCGGUUAUGGGAUGCAAACACGCAGCUAUUUUACUGUAUUAUUAACUCUCUCGUUUGCCUUACCCUUGACAUCCCAUGGUGCCUGCCAUGGUGCGCAGGACAGCUUCUUUUGUCCUGCUUACACGCAGCCUUGACUUUGUCACGCCAGUUGCUGUUGAAUCAGCGCCUGGUACUUGUUCUCAGGACAGCUCUGGCUUGGGCCAAGGGCAUCUCGUGCUCCUAUGCAAAAGGUGGUGCUUUCAGGUUUUGGCUUACAAAUAGUGCAGCCCUUUCAACCUCACCUUUCCCCUCUCACAUAUUCCUGGCAGAAGUAGGAUUUUAAAUAUUUCAUAGCAUUCUUCUUUCUUCUUCCUUUUUGCCAGAUGCCUUGAAAACAUUGUCAGAUUACGAUCUGGGUGGGGGUUUUCAGGAUCGAUUUCCUUUCCUUCUUGAUUGCAUGGUGUAGGUUUGCAAUGAGGGUUUUGUCCUUUUUUUCUUUAUUCCUUUUUUCUUUUUUUUUUUUAGUCUCACAGAACAGAUGCCUUCAGUUUACGCAAAGAAAGAUUGUCCAUGAUUAGAGCUAAUCCAGGAUGGCAGGAUUGGACCCCCACAGUGAAAGCUAGAAAAGUGAUUGCAAAAGUAUUCUGUUUCUCCUUUAUUAAUUGCACAGGAAGUUUCCACCGAAGGCUCAUGUAGCACAACUGGCCUAUGUAAUAAGUAGCAGGGCCUGUAAUUACAGUCUGUCUUCUGAUCCUAUCUGUGCUCUGACUUUCUAGGCAGCACAGUUCUAUUUACAUCUGUGUCUUUGUCAGCUUUUAAAUUUUUGAUUGGUCACUAAGGGAAGUGGAGCACAAGCCGUGAGCCCUGUUGAGGUGCAGCAAGUCUAAACGAGAGAGUCCUUCUCAGGUAUCUGCCUGAUUUGGGACACGGAACAGAGCACAGGGAACAGGAGGGGGUUUACCAGCCAUGCAGCAGCGGGAGCAGGCUGCAUGCCAAUUGGGUAUCUUUUAAGAUCUUGGAGUCUUUGUAGGACUGGAAAUUUGAACCUUUUACAGGUCUUAACUAGUGUACUAUCCUGCGAGGGAGUUUAUAUAUCAGCAUUUUUUUGCUCAGAGCAGUUUCUACAGGAUUUGACCUUUCUUUUCUGUAACAUUUAGGGGUUUAUGGUUGCAAAGAGAUCCUUCCACAUAUGGCAUGAGGAGGGAGAUGGCUUUUGGCAUCUUGCAGAGAAGCUGGGCUAGAAAUCCUGGUAUCAAUGUGUAAAAGCAAGAGUAACUUGAGUGGAAGGGGGAAGGCAGUGAUUUACACGUGGCUCAGUACCAGGUUCACCAGCUCUGAGCACCAGCGAGCACAGCCUCAAGCAGAUUGGCUCGCUGGGGUUUCAAUCCUGAGACCUGGCAAUAAGUAAAUGGGCUCCUUGUGAAAGUGUUUGGUGCUGGUCACUCUGGCAGUAAUCUCUUGUCUCUUUGGAAAUGUGCACUAAAGGUAGGGUAAAACUACAGAAUGGUGCCCCCCGGUCUUUUUCUUCAAGGCAUACUCCCAGUGCUAUGUUUAAUCAAGAGGAAUGAAAAACAUUGUGCAAAUACUAUACUCUAUGCAAAAAAAAUAUUAACAACCCACUACGGAUACUUUUAAUGUCCAUUAAACUGUUAUGCAAAUUGUCCCUUUUCUGCAGCUUGCACUGAUACUUAAUUAUUUUUGGUCUGAUUUCUGUUAAAAAAAAAAAGCUCAAUUAUUUUUUAAUUUUUUCUAACUCUACUUCUAAGAAAGUUGAUGCUUUAAAGGAAAAAAACUUAGUUUUGAACAUGGGUUUUUCAGGCUUCGAAAUUAAUAAUUUCUACACCUGACCCAGUUCCUGCAGCUGCCAAAAAAGAAAAGAGAAAGCUAUUUAAAUUUCUCAUAGAACCAUUUAUCUCUUAAAAUAUGCCAAGGCAAUUUGAGGUGGGGGUGGAGACUCAGCUAUUUAUCUCAGCAGCUUGAUUUUUCUCUUUAUGUUUCUAACUGUCAAGGGAAAAAAAACCGGUAGGAAGCUAUUCUUGGGCUAUUAUUGAUGUAUUGUGUUGCCAUUAUGCAGGAUGUCUGCUUUGCUAUAUACGGAAGGACAUUAAUAAUAGCCAUCUCUCCUGCCCCCACCCUCGGUUCCUCUUUGGGAAGAUACGGUUUAAACUGGAGCAUCUGCUGUGUUCAAAUUGCUGCUCUCUCCUCCCCUUCCCCCAGUUCAUUCCCAAACUAGUUUUGGAAACAGGGCUAAGGGAAUAAGGAGGCAGGUUAUAUUUGCCAUUUUUCUGCCUACUUGUGUGGUUGCUCCAGGCAAGUCAUUUCCAUGCCAUGUACCUGUCUACCCUCUUCCUUCCCGUGUAUUGCCCCUCCUUUCAUUUUAAGUUCAUCAGUACAAAAAAAACCCCUUUCUUGCUGUCUUUUUCUCACAGGGGCAGGCUGGCAGAACGGGCUCAGCAACAGACCUCUGAUUUGUUAUUACCCAGCAUUUCAUAUCCAGAAACUUUGGUUUCAUUAUUUCCUAUAAGUAGGAAAAUGUAUUCCUGUUCCCAUCCCUCCUACCCCAGGUUUAAAACAUUGUUAUGAAACUUUAAAGGGUCCAUCCGCUUGUUUAAAGACUCGGAUGAUUGUUUUAUUUUUGGAAGCAGAGUGUAUGGUGAACAGGAAUAGUUUGAUGUUUAAAAAAUAGCCCCAAUUCAGCAUUCCCCUGAAGUGCGGGAAGUCCUGUCUCCGCAGGUCUGUGCCAGCAGCGUGACAGCCUGGAGAGCAAAGCCGACUUGAAUAGGAAAAAGAACUGGCCUGCCCCAUUUCAUCUGUAAGAAGAGAGAGGUGAAAAUAAUAAAUGUGGCAAAGAAUAAAGGGCAUAAUUGCUCUGAUUUUUUUUUUUUUAACGGCUGUUCCUACAUCUCAUGCUAAUUUUGCUCCAUAGAAGCUUUGCUUAUUCAGCAUUUCUGAUAGGACCAUGUCAUUUUUCAUGGUGUCAUUUUUCUUUACUUGUCGUUUGUGGUGUCCUAGUCUUGCUGUGGUCCCUAUAUGGUAUGGAGCCGUUUUGGUUUGGGCACCGAAUUAAAACAAAGUUAGGAGCUCUGUCCAGGAAAGCUCACCUAGAGUUUAGGACCAGAAAAUGCAAUCAGAAUAUUUUCCAGUUCUGAUAUAGGGAGGUUUUCCAAAUAUGAAUUCUAGAUAGGACAAGUGCCGUCAUUUGGGAAAGCACUUAGAUUUCAGAAUGAAAGGGAGAUGGCCGUUCAGGGUAGUUUCUUGUUGCUUUUAUGGUCUUCCUUGGUGGUGGCCAAGGAGAAAAAUGCCACCCUCUGAAGUGUUCCCUAAGCUAGAGCCCAAGCCUAGCAUCUGCUCUGCAAACGUUUGCUCCAGCUCCAGCUUGCCACGCUGCUGCAGCAUGGGAGUGAGGAAGACCUGCUAAUGAAGCAAGGUCCACCUCAUCCUCUCCAUAGUCAGAGCUGCUCCCUGUGGUGAGUCCGUGUUCAGCCUAGGGCUUGAUUCUGCCUUCCUAGUGCAAGUAGUUUUGCUAGAAGCAGGUGUUUUCUCUCUGCCGUUAGCUGUGGGAUUGUGUGCAAUGAUUAGGAUUUGCAGGGAGGGAGAAGAUCCUGUUCCAAUUAGGCUGCCUUUGUGCUAAUGUUUCAUUCAGGGCUGUAUGAGAUGAGAGCAGUUUGCACUGAAAUGCACAGCCGGAGGUUGUAGUUUGCGUUUCAACUAUGUUGACACGGUACCCAUUGAAAAUGCAGAACUGCGGCACUUUUUUACAUCUGCCAGGGCUUUACUGACAGCUCUGUAUGGGUUGGAAACCCAUUUUGGUUUGGCAAAUGGACAUUUUCUGCCUUGUCCCCUCAGCCUGAUCUAGUUCUUUGUUUUAUCCACCUAAAAAGUAGUAUUUCUAAUGUGCCUAAUGCCUAAGCACCUGACAAGCAUCUAAGCAGAACAACCAGCAAGGUGAAGAGUAGGCUAUUAGCAGAGCUGCUUUUACAAAAAGCAUAUUCCACUUUCUUCACUAUAUGCCUUUUCAGAGACCUGCAGUGCUCCUUUAUGGGCAGCAGAGAAAUAGCCCUAGUGCCGAGCAGGGAUGGGAACUAUGAGAAUGAUGUAGAAGAGAAGUAAGAGGUUAAUUUUGAGCAUCUGUUCUCCGUUGGGCUAAGCAAAGCAAUGGCUUAUCCCAUCAGCACUGCUUGUCGCAUUGCUUAACACACCUCAUUGUCUGGUAGGCAACUAUUCAGUAGCAGAGGUACUUGAGUAUAUCUCCUCAAAUGUCUCUAUCUUAUCAGAACUCCAGAGUCGUUCAUAUCUGGAGAUUUUAUUCGCUUAAUAUUGUCUCUUACAAGCUCUCCAUUAUUCAUUUUUUAUAUGACGUUAGAAGAGAAAAUUUGAAGGUGAACCAAAGGCUGGGUGUUUGAUUGGUGCUACUGUAUUAAAAAGGCUGAUGUGCUCUCACUUUCAAUCCCCAAAAUCAUGUUUUAGGAAACUUCUCCCUGCUGUGGUCAGAGAGGAAAUGCAAGGUUUAUUGGAAAAGCAGCAAAGGGAAGGGUUUGAUAUUUUGAUGCUCAGUACUGCACCACUGUGACCUCCCUCUGGAGAGUGAGGACUGAGUAUUGGCAGAGGUAUGGGCACAGCAAGGUUACACUUGGACUUUCUCAUGAUCAUGCUAGACAGGAUCUGCCUUGGUGAGACUUCAACUUCCCUUAAGGGUCCUAUAGUUUCCCGUACCACAGCUUGUGUUUUGGACUGUCGGAGAGACUGGAGGGCAGCCCCCAGUGCCUUCCCUCCAGUUAGUCAAAUGAGAGACCAGGAGUACUAAUUCUGCAGUUUUGGUAACGGCACUUUCCAGCUCAGAACAAACAGCAGAGGUUUGUUGUGUUUCAGAGCGUAAUCUCUCACACUGGCUUUACCUGUGGGCUGAUACAAGGGGGUCUGAACCACACAUGGGUCAUUCCAGAAGGAUUCUUCUUGGCUAAAUGCCCCGUGGCAAACCCACCAAGGGCUGGGAGAUUGGCUUAGAUCUUUCAAACUGCAAGGAGGAAGUGCCCCCAGGAAUGUUUGUCCUAUGUAGCUGCUAUGCUUUGGCCUAUCCCUGCCAACUGUAGACCUGUCUGCUCUAGGGUUCACCAGUGAUGAUGUUCAUUGGAUGUGCAGUAAUUCAUAGUGGAUGACUAGGCUAGGUUUGAGGUGGUGUUUCAGCUUUAUAGUAGCUGUUGGUUUAGCCCUCGAGAUACGAGAAGGUUUUGCAUUGUUGCCUUUGGUGCAGUUGGGAGGGGAGCGUGACUGACCACACUUCUCCUUGUCCUGCGCCAGCAGACAGAGGCUCUCAGUGGUAUGGGAAGCAUCUUCCUUUUAAAUGUGAAUCACUAGCCUAGGUAUCUGGGCAAGAAAGGGGCACAAGGAGGCAUUCCCUAUAUGAGGGAUGCCUUCUGCUGCACACUCCAUGCCCUCAGAUCCUAAUGAAGUAACAUUACUUGAGCUAUUAGGACUGGUCUCCUAUCUGUCAUAGCUCGGGGGUACCACUUUUACCCCUUGCUGAGCACAAGCACUACCCAAGUCUGUGAGGGGCCCAAUCCUGCUGCCAUUGGAGUUUUCCCAAAUCCUGUGAGUUGCUGAGUGCACCUCCUGUGAGCUGCUGAGUAGCCUCCCUUGCCACCAAACCUAUCAGGCCACUUGUCUCCUUCAUUGACUACAUCCAUAGGGCUUUGAGGGCACUCAGGAAAUGCAAUCGGCACCUUACAGGAUUGGUCCACUAGGUAAUAUAUGAAGUUUUUUCUCUGGUAACUUGUGUGCAUGAAUUGAAAACCAUUUAUUCCAGUUUGUUCUGAGGACAGAUGCAGCAUAUACACGUUUUCUAUAUUUAUAAAUAUAUAUAGAUAUAUAUAUUUUGUUCUCAGCUAGUUACCUCUUCUAAACUGCUAUUUUCAGAGCAACCGGCAUAUAUUUUUUAUUCAACACGUAAAAUGACUUUUUUACAGUAAGAGAAUGAAAGCUGUUUUAAGCAUGUGUUUUCUGUAUUUUUAUUACGCAUUAUCCAAUUAUAUUGAGAUGUAUUUUCCUCUUUGCUCUGCUCUUUCAGUUGUUAUCCUUGUUAUCAGUUAUGCUUUUCUAAUGUUUUGUAAGGGAAAAUAAAUAUGCAAAAUCGCCAGAUGCCUUUUUUCUUUGCAGAAGAAGUAUCACAAAUGCUUUUUUAUUACAUUUUACCAAUCCAAUAAACUCCUUAUAAAUUUCA